AUGGGUGGAUCUGGCAGCAAGGCCGACAAGAAUAGAGACGACAGUGCCGCAGCUGCGCCGGCUGCUGAGGCGAAGCCCUCACAGCAGCAGGCGCCAGACGGAAGCCAGCCGCUGCGGUUUGCAAUCGGCGCGCGUGUAGAGUGCAACUGCUCCGGUUGGCGCUCGGGCACCGUCGUGACGCACUGGUGGAGGGACUCGAAGUGGCCCCCCGGCAAGAUAGUGCCUUACCAGAUAAAGCUGGACUACGGGCCGACCAUCUUUGCCCCCAAGGACGACGACAAGUGCAUCAGGAGGAUCGAAGGCCUUCUCAGCGACGGCCAGAUUCCUGUGACGAUUCUUACGGGUUUCCUAGGAGCGGGGAAGACUACGCUUUUGAAUUACAUCUUGACAGCGCAUCAUGGCAAGAAGUAUGCCAUAAUCGAGAACGAGUUUGGCGCAGUGUCCAUUGACGAUCAGCUCCUCAAUCAGGCCGUGGGCAAGCACGAAACAGUGGAGUCCAUCUCGGUGCUUGACAACGGGUGUUUGUGUUGCACUAUUCGCGAUGACCUUGUCGCGGCGAUCAGGGAAAUAAUCGACAAGGUGGAAGAGAGGUACCAGGCAGGGGUAGCAGAUGCUAAGCUCGACGGCAUUCUAAUCGAGACUACGGGCAUGGCGGACCCAGGGCCGAUCAUCAACAUUUUUGGGAAAGAUGCGACGUGUGGGAAAUACACGAAAAUCGAUGGAGUUCUGACGGUGGUUGACUGCAAGCACUUCCUGACCCAGCUGCAUCGCGAGAGAGACGACAACGCCGUGAACGAGUCGGCUCAGCAGGUCGGGUUUGCAGACAAGGUGCUCCUGAACAAGAUCGACGUCUGCGACAGGGACUACGUGAACGAGACAAAGGGCGCCAUCCGUGGCAUCAACUCCUUUGUUCCGAUCAUCGAGUGCAGUCUUUCGAAGAAGCCAGACGCCGUGCCCCUCGGGGAGCUGCUCGCCAUCGAGGCGUUCGACUCCGCGAAGCUGCUCUCUCAGCAGACUGGCCAGGACGAGGUGAACCUGAUACAGGCGGCCAUGGAGACGUCCCUCGUCCUCGACGACGAGCACGGGGGCCACGGCGGCGGGCACGGGGACGCGCACGGCGCAGGCCACGAGGGCGCACACGACCCCGACUGCGCCGACGACUCCCACGGUGGCGGCGGCCACGGUGGCGGCCACGGGGCGCUCGGUGCUGGCCACGGCUCUGGGCACGGCCACGGCAGCGGCCACGGCGGCGGCCACGGCCAGAGUGCGAACCGCCACGACACGGAGGUGAAGUCCAUGGUCUUGGAGAAGGACGGGUGCAUGUUGGUCAUGUCGAAGUUCCAGGCCUUCCUCGCCCAGAUCCUGCAGGAGCGCAGCGUGGACCUGUACCGGUACAAGGGUGUGCUGGCCGCAAAGCAGAGGGACGGCACGCCCUGUCUCUACAUUCUCCAGGGCGUGCACGACAUGCCAGAGCUGACCUUCAGUGGUACGUGGCCUCAGGGGAAGCCAGUCAGGACCCAGGUUGUCAUUAUCGGGCGGAAGCUGGAGAGGGAGCGCUACAGAGCCGAGUUUGAGGCGUGUUUCGACGCCGCUGCCCCUACCUUCGCCUCGGUGUGA